AUGUCCUUGGGUCCCAUUUCAGGACGCCGAGGCAUCAGACUGCCUAAGACAGGAAACAGACUCCUGUCGAGGAUCUGCAGGGUGAAGUGGACUAGAGAUGAGUGGGUACAAAGUGAAGACGUGACCGCUGUCCUUAGGAGUUUAAAGUCUAUGGAAGGAGACAAAACAGAUAGGUUAAUGAUCAUUAUUAGCACCAUCAUUAUUCUGGCUGGAGCAACUGCACUUAUCGGUUUUGGUAUUUCAGUUUGCAAAUCAAGUUCACAUCCAUUUGAUUUGAUCCUCACAAGAGCACUUUACGGAAGACACUCCAUCACAAUUACUACUCUCACCUCAGCUGGGAACACCGGGGAGGAUGGAAUCCUGAGCUGCACUUUUGAACCCGACAUCAAACUUUCUGAUAUCGUGAUAUAGUGGCUGAAGGAAGGUGUAAUGGGCUUGGCCCAUGAGUUCAAAGAAGGCAAAGAUGACCUGUCGGACCAGCAUGAAAUGUUCAGAGGUCGGACAGCAGUGUUUGCUGAUCAAGUAAUAGUUGGCAAUGCCUCUCUGAGGCUGAAAAAUGUGCAACUCACAGAUGCUGGUACCUAUAAGUGUUACAUCAUCACUUCUAAAGGCAAGGGGAAUGCUAACCUCGAGUAUAAAACUGGAGCCUUCAGCAUCCCAGAAGUGAACGUGGACUGUAACGCCACCUCAGAGAGCUUACGAUGUGAGGCUCCCUGAUGGUUUCCCCAGCCAACAGUGGUCUGGGCAUCCCAAGUUGACCAGGGAGCCAACUUCUCAGAAGUCUCCGACACCAGCUUUGAGCUGAACUCUAAGAAUGUGACCAUGAAGGUUGUAUCUGUACUCUACAGUGUCACGAUCAACAACACAUACUCCUGUAUGAUUGAAAACAACAUUGCCAAAGCCACAGGGGAUAUCAAAGUGACAGACUCUGAGAUUAAAAGGCAAAGUCACCUCCAGCUGCUGAACUCAAAGGCUUCCCUGUGUGUCUCUUCUGUUGCCAUCACCUGGGUACUCCUGCCUCUCUGCCCUUACCUGAUGCUUAAAUAAUGCACCUUGGCUACACAGAAACAUGCAGAGUCACUGGUACGACAGGUGAGAUGAAUCACGAAUGGUGUCGGGGAGCCACUAUG